GCGACUCCCUGGAAAGACAAAACCAAUUACCAGGGAACAGGACAGGGACACAUCGGUCAGCGCCGCCGCCGCGCUACGCCACGCCAGGCCACGCCACGCGGCGCCGCGCCGAGCCGGUCUAUAUAUCCGGCCCGGCCACCGGAAGAGCACCUCACUCGUGGCACUUCCCCGCGCCAGGUCGCGCCCGUGUGAGACAGCCGUCUUCAGUACCGCAAGUCGCAGCGCUCAAACAUGUCGCCGGCGCUAGUGCUCGUCGCCGUCCUCGCCCUGGCCGGCUGGCCGACCUGCGACGCGUACCCGGUGCCCGCGGACGGCAUCGCCUUCUGGAAGAUGGUGACCAGCCUGGGCGCGUCCAUCUACGGCCAGCCGAGCGAGCUGACCGGCGAGCUGCUCAAGAAGUACUCGCCCGACUCGGGCGUCAACCCGGAGGAGCUGGGGGAGUACACGCAGGGCGACAUCCUGUUCACCAACAAGGGCGCCGCCGGCUCGGCACUGGCGCGCAACGGCCUCAAGGCGCCGUCGGCGCGCUGGCCCGGCGCCGUGGUCCCAUUCGAGAUCUCGUACGGCUUUCCCCAGGCCGACCGGCAGAUGAUCCUCAACGCCAUGGAGGAGUACCACAAGCACACGUGCAUCCGCUUCGUGCCGCGCCGCGGCUCCGACGUCGACUACCUCUACAUCACCAACGGCAACACGGGCUGCUGGUCCUCGGUGGGCCGCGUGGGCGGCCGCCAGGAGGUCAACCUCCAGACGCCCGGCUGCCUCACCAAGAUCGGCACCCCCAUGCACGAGCUGAUGCACGCCAUGGGCUUCAUGCACGAGCAGAACCGGUGGGAGCGCGACGACUACGUCACCAUCAACUGGCAGCACAUUCAAUCCGGACGCAACAACAACUUCGACAAGGCGGACGCGUCCAUGACCGACGGCCAGGGGGUAAACUACGACUACCGCAGUGUGAUGCACUACUCGUCCAAGGCCUUCAGCAGGGACGGCAGCGACACCAUCACGGCCAGGGCGUACCGCGGCGAACUCGGGCAGCGCGACGGCUUCAGCGACGGCGACAUCAAGAAGCUGCAGUCCAUGUACAAGUGCGUCGGUGGCAAGACAACGCUCCAAGACUGACCUGCGCCUACCUCGCGCGACGCUGCAGGAGGACGUUAGAAGGACCUCCCAGGUUCGUCCGCGCGUCUCCACGGCGACGAGACGUCGCCAUUGUUCGACUGACUCGGCUCGGUCCGCCAUUUCCUUCAUCAGCCGAGCUCAGAGCUAGUUGAUGGUGGAGAACACAAGGCGACCGAGCGUUCCGUUAGUUCCGGCGAGCCUGGAAUAACACUUACUGACUCAGGAAUACGAGAGUCCCUAGUUUUAUAACAUAGAAUACGAAUCAACAAACUGUACCAAAGAACAAUCACAUUUUUACACGGAUAAUAAUAAUAAUAAAUGAAAUAAAACUCAUGCCUA